CACCGGGUAUAGGACCCAAUAUUACUGACUUCCCCACUUCAGGAACUUUCGUUUCAGGUGCCAUGGCGACCGCUGAGGAGAUCCGCAGCAUCAUCGGAGAGGCGAACAAAGCCUUGAGGGCCGACGUAGCCAAGGACAUUCUCGAGAAGGUUGGCACGCUGAUUAACGAGACGGUGGACAAGCGGCUCAAAGACCAUGAGGAAAAGAUCAUGAAGGAACUCCAGACCCUGAAGACGCGCACGGAGGCGCUGGAGAACAUGAGCCGCGUGGAUAACUCUACUGGGGCCUCAUGGGGUGGUGGGUCAAAGCGAGCUCGUUCAGAGCCUCCCCAACAUUCUCGGGCGCAGCAUGAAACCAAGCCUGUUGUUGUCCUUACAGGUUUCCCUGCCAACUCCCGUAAGGCGGACAUCGAGAGUUUCUUGAAGUGCGAGCUGGGCAAAGUGGAGGAGUGGAAGGGCCUACAUGUUUUCGCGCCCAACGUGCGCUCCACAGUGGCCAUGGUCCGCGUGCACUCCAAAGACGCGGUCUUCGACUUCAUCUCCAAGUGGAAGCCCAUGAACAUAGAGUACAAAGGUUCGGCAAUCCGGGCGAGGGCCGAUAAGACCCCGGAGCAGCGCCGCAGCAAUGCCAAAAUCUACCAGAUGGCCGAGUACUUGAAGAAGACCUUCAUAGAUAAGGACAUCGACGCGGACUACAAGCAGGCCGCCGUGUGGGUCAAGGAUUGGAAGCUCGUGGAGUGGGACCGGGACGCCUCCGAUUUCGUAUGGGACGAUGGGGCCAUAUCGUCUUCCGGCCUCACCGUGGACAAGUUGAAGGCCGAAGAGGCCACGCGUUGACUACUCGACCGUGGUGUUGGGGAUAAUUCGUUCGCUGUUGAGCGGGUCGCCAGCGAAUUGCACGUAGCUACUUGGAAUGUGGCUGGAGUUCCAGAAGAGGACGUGGACACGUUCAUCGAGCAGAUCUCCGACCUUUACCCUUGGGAUGCAGUAUUUUUGCAGGAGGGCUUCGUUCGCGCGGGCGAAAUAGCAUACGAGGCCAACCACCUGCUGUUCAUCACCUCCGCCCCCUCCUUCGGCAACCUCCGCCGGC